AUGAUAACAAAAACUAUUAAAUCGGUUGCUGAUGAAAAAUAUACUGAUUAUUGGACGUUGGCACAUUAUAAAACAAAAAACAUUGAACAUAUUGAUGCUAAAGACAGGUGGAAACAUGCAGAAUGUUCAUUAAAACUAGCGAUAACAGACCAGUCGAAAGAUCAGAAUGUUUUAGGAGAGCUGAAUGAAAUUGUUCAAACGCCCUUUGAUCGUUUUAUGAAAGACCCAAAAAAA